UAUGCUAAUGGUGGCAGCCUGGUUGAUCUCUUGAAGGCUAGUAAUGUAGAACUAUCAUGGGAGAACAUCUUAAUUCGCAUCGGUUAUCCAGGCAGUAGAGCCAAAUCCACUACAAAACCACCCUUGAGAUUUUUUGGUUGUCCUCCUUUGAGCAGGCUACACCAAAAGCUUCCUGUCCAACGACGGGACCUAACUGAUGCUGCCACCGUCUGCUGUUUCGUUUGUUCUUCAUGUUCCAGUUAUUCGAAUUCCUCCCCUUCUAUUACAUUUUCAUCCUUCGCCUCGUCUUCAUGCCUCUCAUCGCUACCCGUCUCAUCGACUCCAAGCACUCUCCCUGAAGUUGGUCGUUCAACACGGCUUGUCGACUCGAUUGAACCAAUUUCGAACGAAAUUGGAGCUAGUUUUAAGUGGCCCCUGACAAACUCUGAUUCAGGGCCCAGCUACGAUAUAAGCAUCAGUACCAGAGAUGAUCAAACUAAUGAUAUACAGCCUGAGGAGGUUGAGCUUUCCUGUUCUAGGUGGAAAACCUGGGAAGGAUCCUGCAGAGGAGGCUACUUUUCCAAGUGUCUUCAUCGCCAUAGUCACUGUCAUCAUCGUUAUUACUAUCAUCAUCAUUAUCAUCUUCUACUUCGUUCCAACUGCUUUCUCCACCAGCCUCGCAUUCCUGGCCUCGAUAGUCCCUUUGUUCAGCCUCUUCCCUGUCAUCACGAUCACCAAAUACGGUCUAAGGACUACACAUCUCAAUCCCAGGCUGCAGAAGCAACCUUCGUUCGUUCGCGAAAAGCGCUAUGCUACACUUGCCAAUCAAACUCAAAUUCGCAAUUGCUCUUGCCUGCUUUGUUUAACUGCUGCCAUGCUGGCUUCAAGUCUUCCCACUGUUGUUCCCCGAGCUGGUUAUCCUCACACUCACCUUCUCCCUCUCCAUCCUCUUCUUCAUCUCGAUCCACCUCUCCUCCGCCAUCAUACGUAUUUGCAGCCCCCGUUCCCCUGUCGCUUGACACAUCUAAUGAUGAGGGUAAUGGUGCAACGGCUUGGCCCCCGUGUAAACGCCUGGCCGCUCUACUGCCCUCCAUCCAACCUUAUCCCGAUUUGCCUCCGUCUGGCAUGUCGAACGGUGCCUUUUCUACCUUGUUUCAGGCAUCUGUUGACCAACAAGGGGCAUCAGGAAGCGGGAGGAAGUUUGGCUGCGAUAACGAUUUGGUUCGAUCUGCUGAAUAUACUGCUCUAGUAGCCGAUUUGGGUUUGGUUCUCGACUUAAAUCAGUAA